UUAGGGUUUUUCCACUGUUUCUAGGUUUUUUUCAUCGCUCAAUCUGAUCAAUGGAUAGUAGUUGUCUCUCUAAUCAAACGGCGCUUCAGUUUCUCCCGUCGCGUUCCAGGAGACAGAGCGGCGAUGGAGGCGGUGGUUUUGUUAUUCCGGCGACGAGGAAGAUCCAGUAUAGCUCGAUGGUUGUGGUUGCGGCGGCGGGACAGAGUCGGUGUGAGCCUGGAAGCAGUCUCAACGCGCCGCUUGAGCCACGAUCGGCGCAGGGGAGGUUUCUGAGAAGCGUGUUGCUAAACAAACGGCAGCUAUUUCAUUACGCCGCCGCUGAUGAACUCAAGCAACUGGCUGAUGAUAGGGAAGCUGCUUUAGCUCGUAUGUCUCUCAGCUCUGGUUCCGAUGAGGCUUCUCUCCACAGAAGGAUAGCUCAACUCAAGGAACGUUAUUGCAAAACUGCAGUCCAAGACAUAAUGUACAUGCUAAUCUUCUACAAAUACUCCGAGAUAAGAGUCCCUCUUGUUCCAAAGCUAUCUAGAUGCAUCUACAAUGGAAGACUCGAGAUCUGGCCUUCAAAAGACUGGGAGUUAGAGUCAAUUCACAGCUGCGAUACCCUUGAGAUCAUCAAAGAACAUGUAAGCGCAGUCAUCGGAUUACGGGUCAAUUCAUGUGUGACUGACAAUUGGGCAACAACGCAGAUACAGAAACUGCAUCUCAGGAAAGUAUACGCUGCAUCGAUCUUGUACGGUUACUUCUUGAAAUCAGCUUCCCUAAGGCACCAGCUUGAGUGUUCCUUAUCAGAUCUCCAUGGAAGCGGAUAUCUGAAAAGUCCUAUCUUUGGAUGCUCUUUCACAACGAGCACUGCACAGAUCUCCAACAAGCAGCAGCUGAGACAUUACAUCUCAGGGUUCGAUCCCGAGACAUUGCAGAGAUGCGCCAAACCAAGGACAGAGGAGGCAAGGAAUCUGAUAGAGAAGCAAAGUUUGGCCCUUUUUGGCACGGAAGAGAGUGAUGAGACCAUCGUGACAUCGUUUUCGAGUCUGAAGCGGUUGGUUCUCGAGGCUGUGGCGUUUGGGACAUUCCUGUGGGACACGGAAUUGUAUGUAGAUGGUGCAUAUAAGCUCAAGGAGAAUGGGAAUGCAGAAGAACAAGAAGGAAAGAGAAGCAUAUGAUGAACCAGUUUGGUUAGAAGAAAAGCUUCAUGAUCUUCUGGUAGUGUAUAUAUAGAGAAAUGUUUCUGCCCAAUCUCUCAGGCAAUUGUUCAGUGUAUAGAUCUUGCUUAGAAAUAUUUCUGAAUAAUAAUUUGGUGUGGUU